UAGCUAUUUCCUUAAAGACAACGUGAGCAAGACUGGUGGGUGUAAUGUUAAGCCCACUUGCAAUUGUAAUGGAGGUGGUCAAGUUCUUUGGGAGCUCUGUUAUUACACUGCUUGUAAACUGGAGUGUAGUACAGUAUUAACUACAGUACAUUGUGCAGCAUUGUUGCAGUUUUGUGAAGUUGGUGUUGAUAUCCCAACAUCAACUUUUAAUGCCUAUAUGGGGGCGGAUCAUAUUGACCAUUCCAAGUAAAUACUUAAUGAACCAUCCAUUGAACUCAUUGAAAAUUUAUGAAACUAACAGCAACAUCAUUCCGCAUUGUUAGAAACCAAAACAUUAUUGAAGAGGAGGCGAAAGGUUUCAAAGUGUGACAUUGUGGAGAGGUAUCGGUGCAUGUGGUGUACCAGAUAACUAGGCCAGGAUAGUGUAAACAUCUGCCUCACCCCAGUGGGCUGUUGGCCGCCUGUUGAGAGCAACGACAGAUGGAAAGGGAGCGUGUGGCUCAAACACUUCCCUCUUUGAUUGCACUGGCAGUUGUCUUCCCAAAAUAGCCUCCACUCCACAGCCUUAUAUGUGCAGGCCUCCAGCAUGUGCCUGAGGAGGCAUCAUGUAUCUAGGCCACACAAUACAAGCUGCAGGCUCAUUGUUGCUGCCUACCAUCAGGCCUGUCUGCGCACCAGGGACAAGGCCUCUCUAUCAGUCUCAGGACGACAAGCCAUGCAUCUCAGCCAGCUCAACCGCGAGUGUCUCCUGCACCUUUUCUCCUUCCUGGACAAGGACAGCCGAAGGAGUUUGUCUCUUACCUGCGAGCAGCUGCGGGAUGUCUUCCUGGAUCCUCGCCUCUGGAAUCUGCUCCACUUCAGCUCGCCCUCUCAGCUGAGGAGGGACAACUUUGUGCUGGGGCCCUCUUUGCGUUACCUGUCUGUCUGCUGGUACUCCAGCAGGGUCCUGAAGGUGUGCAACAUUGAGGACUGGUUGAAGAGCUCUUUUCAGAGAGACAUCUGUAGCAAACAUGAGGGACUGGUCAGCACCUUCCUGGCUCGUGUCUGCAGCAUGUGCCCUAACCUUCUCUCCUUAAAGCUGGCUGGCUGCGGUCACAUCACCGAUCAGGAUGUCAUCUCCCUGCUGCAAAGCUGCAGGAAGCUGCGGCACCUCCAACUGGAAAACUGCGUCCGCAUCACGGACGGGAUCUUGGACGGGGUGGUGGCUCACGGGGCCAGUUUGGAGGAGGUCAGCGUGGACUUCUGCAGGAACAUCACACCAGAGGGGCUGAGGGCCGUGCAAGAGAAAAGGCCUAGCAUACGGCUGCGUGCAGAGAGGAGUGCAGGCAUGAUACCAGAUAGCAAGCCUGAGGAGAAGGUGCCGCUUAGGAGAACCUUGCAGAAACUUCUGCUGUUCUCCUAAGAGGAGAACAGGAUUUUGGUGUUUUAUAAUUGGGUUUGUUUUCAUAUUAUGUGUUUUUCUACCUUAUUUUCCACACUGUAUGCACUCACAGACACUAAAUACAACUGCACAAUCAUCUAACAAGAUACAAAACAUAUGCAGCUCUAGUGAAUUCCAUGCCCAAGAGGAUUAAGGCAAUCCUAGCUAUCAAUGGUGCUCAAACCAAAUAAUGACCUUUUGGACAUGUUUACUAUACAAUGUACUCACUUGUCACCAGCUAUUUAGACAUUAGAUGUGUGUUUUGUUUUUGUUUUGUUUUUUUCCCUUUAUUUGGGCAAAUAUAUGAAACAUUACAGUGCAUUUCUUACAUCAAUCAAAAUAUAACUUUCCGUUAUUUACAUUUGUAUUCAACUAUCUGAUAACAAGCCCAAAAGGAGUAGGCUGAAGCAAAAGCUUAUAAAUGCCUACCCCUUUUUACAAGAUAUAAUCAUGUUCAUGCUACUGUCUUGUUUCCCCCUGUUAUUAUUAUCAUUGUAAUAUUAUUAUUAUCAUUAUCAUUAUUGUUAUAAUCUUUAUCAUUAUUACCAUCAUUAUAAUCAUCAUUAAUAUUACCAUUUUCAUCAUUAUAGUUAACAUUUUUUUAUUUUUUUAUUUUUAAUUAUUUAAUUUUACAGACUUUAUUGCUUCUUGUAGACUGCUGUAUCAUUCCAUCUGUGUUUACUUCUUUUCAGUGGAUAAUACACCUAUACCUACUAUGACUACUACAAGUUUCGCUAUAACAUUAUUGUCCCUUGAGAAAUAAAAGAAAACGGUUGUUGGAAUGUGAGUGUUUUACUCACUUUUGUGAGAUUCUCAAAACCACUAAUAGAUGCCAGGAUCAAUAAAAACUGAGA